AGCGGCCGUUCUUCACACUAUGCGCCUUCACUCUUCAAUGAGCAAACGCAAGUGAGCGAGUGGGUGGGUGGGUAACCAUAGUGAGUGGGAGAGUGAAUGAGUGAGAGUGAAUGAGUGCGUGAAAAGGCGCUUCCACACCGCUACCGCGUAUCACGAGUAUCAGGACAAACGCCCACGCAUAUAAAUCACAGCUAUCCAGCUUCUUCUAUUUCCUCCUCACCUUGCACUCAAUUCAAUCGACCAAAAAUCUCAACUUCAAGCCCACGACCUUUCCCAAUUCACACACUUUCAUCAUCAUCCUAAACACCAAACCACAAGCAUGAAGGUCGCUAUCAUCAUUGCCGGCAUUCUCUCUGCUGUCGCCAUGGCCUCUCCUCCCACGAUGUCGCUAAAGCGCUCGUUCGUCGGCGUCGAAGUCAACGGCAAGAUCGAGCCGGGUCCUUGCGUCGAGUGCCCUUGCGAUGGAUGGACGGGUACCUGCACGUGCAUCCCCAACGGCUGCUGCUGCACGCGUUAAGCCAACACAUGCCUGCCUCGAGGUCGUUCUGCCGCCGAUUCACCUUGACUCGAUAUCCUCAACAUCUCCCUCGAUACUGUGGAUGUUCCACACAUGCUUGGUGGACUAUUUGGACAAACGAUUAUGGCACGGCAUUGGCGAGGGUUUUCAGGUUUCAUUCUACGUGUCCUUGCAUAGGCAUAGAGUAGUAGGCUAAGGGUCCACAUCAAUCUCCGAGUAAUUUGAUCUCCUCAUAAUAUGCAACUGUC